AUGUACCCCGACUGGCCACGAUCCAAGGCCGAUCUUGCCCGCAAAAAAAUUGAGUUCCUCGAAUAUGCUGGCGAAGGACGACACGCGCAUGUUUUCAAGGUCCGCAUUCGGAGACAGAUUUAUGCGCUCAAGCUAUUUCGGUUUGUAGAGGACCAGGAAUGGGUGAAAUGCGUGGAGAGCAUCGACGACUACGAUCGCGAGCCCCUCAGCGCUUUCUAUGACUACGCGGAACCUUUCAACUGCGAAUGCCGCGCUUAUGGGCGGCUUCAAGAGGCCGGACACGAAGACCUUGCCCUUCGUUGCUUCGGCUAUGUACUAUUAGACGAGGCCCACGAACGUAUCGUGCUCAGCCAAUUCCCCGACAUCGACUUCAAUGGCUCCUCAGAUGACAAUAGGUACGAUUUGUACCGGAAACGCUUCCGCGGGCGAGAUGGCCGGCAGCUCGGCAUUAUGCGCCUCGACCCUGGAACCCGACAGAUGGUGUCGGGCAAGUUCACCGACUUCAGCAGAGCCAUUACCGUACCAUAUUUUCUCACGACACCCGAGCUCAACCCUCACAUGACACCUGCAAUGCGGGAAGAGUUGGAACUCGAAGCUUUCCAACUGGCGCGAACCGAAUAUAUCGAGUUCGAUUUAAUGAUGAGCGACUGGAACUCGGAACAUGGCGAGAAAAAGGGCUUCAUUGAUCUGUCUGCCUUCACCAAAGAGGAGAAAGAGAACCGUUUAGCGCUGACACGGCCCCGCCAGUUGAGGAACGUUGCGGCCCGGAACCGUUUUUGCACCCGCGUCGACCCACGACGCUACAACUAG